AUGAAUCCUACAAAUUUUGACGGAACAAGCGAACGGUUUCUUAACUGGUUCAAGUCUUUGGAGAAUGCUACGUUUUCUGAUGCCAUCAAGAUUGUUGAUCUUCGUGAUCGUAAUGCUGGCCGCGGUAUAAUCGCUCUUGGGGAUAUCCCUGCGGAAACAACUCUGUUCACUAUCCCGAGAAAAAGUAUCAUCAAUACCGAAACUUCAGAUCUGCCCAAGAAGAUUCCGGAUGUCUUUGACCUCGACAAGCCUGAUGAGGAUGACGCUCCAGCACUUGACUCUUGGAGCUCACUUAUUCUCAUCAUGAUUUACGAGUAUCUGCAAGGCGAAAACUCCCAGUGGAAGCCUUACUUUGAUGUGCUCCCUUCUUCAUUCGACACACCCAUGUUCUGGUCAGAGAACGAGCUCGAACAACUCCAAGCCAGCCAUAUGCGACACAAGAUUGGCAAGGCAAACGCUGAGAACAUGUUCCAAAAAACCCUGCUUCCCCUUAUUCGCAGUCACUCGAACAUCUUCAACGUCGGUAACAAGACCGAUGCAGAGUUGAUCGAGAUUGCCCACAGAAUGGGUAGCACCAUUAUGGCGUACGCCUUUGAUCUCGAGAACGAUGAAGACGAAGAGGAAGAGACUGAUGGCUGGGUUGAGGACCGAGAAGGAAAGUCCAUGAUGGGAAUGGUCCCAAUGGCUGAUAUCCUGAAUGCUGACGCCGAGUUCAACGCACACGUCAACCACGAAGAAGAAAGCCUUACCGUUACUAGUCUGAGGCCGAUCAAGGCGGGUGAAGAGAUUCUUAACUAUUACGGCCCACACCCCAACUCGGAACUUCUGAGACGGUACGGAUAUGUUACCGAGAAGCAUUCCCGUUAUGAUGUCGUCGAGAUUCCUUGGAAUGUUGUUGAGUCGACUAUGUCAUCCAACUUUGGCAUCUCAACCCAAGUCCUGGAGCAGCUGCGUGGUGCCCUCGAAGACGAAGACGAGUUUGAAGAUACGUUUGUGCUCGAGCGCGAAACUGGAGAGGUCAACUCAGAUGGCACUUUUGCUGGGCCUGCCAGAUUCGAUAGCAUGCCUGAAGAUCUCCAGGAACAACUCAAGACAUUCCUCAAAGGUGUCAAGAAAGCACAGUCCGAUGCUAUUCCAGACAAGAGAAAACGAGACGAAAUCCACCAAGCUGUACUGGCAAAGACCCUGGAGGCUCUCGCAGCACGUUACCCAACCAGCAUUUCACAAGACGAGUCUUUGCUCAGGGCCAAUAAUCUCAACCAGCGAGCUCGCAUGGCUACUAUCGUUAGAGUUGGGGAGAAGAAGCUCCUCCAAGAAGCAAUUUCCGCAUCCUUUUCCGCAUCUGAAGAUGUCGAGAUGACAAUGGAUGAUGAUUCUGGUCCAGCCAAGCGCACCAAGCGGUCUGGCUGA